AUAAUUAAGUUUUGCGUCGCCAAAUAAAGAAGACUGCAAGAUGAACCGGUGAAGUCAGCUAGUCUUUUGUGAACUCUCAUAACAGUCCAUCAAUGGUGAACAAGGCAUGGAGAAUAAUCCCACGGCCCCUUCUCGAAACUGUCCUCAACAAUCAUGCUCAACACCACCGUGUUCCUCAACCGCUUAUCCUUCACGGCCCUCGUGGCGUCGGCAAAACCACCCUCAUUCUUGAACGUCUUAUGGGUAAAUGGAACAGUGGACCUCAUGUUACAGGCUAUGUGGACUUUGCGGAAUCUGUAAAAGAUCAUCACCCAAUUCAUGGCCAAUCAUUUCCAUGGGGUUCUUGGUCAAACUGCACACCUCCUUCACUGCCAUUUCUUACUACUCAACUUGAAAGCUGCCUUGAAUCAAUGACCCAGAAGGGUAUUAAGCUUGGAACUAUAAGUUCUCAUCAGAUUUUCACUGUUUUAAGUAAAUGGCAUGGACUUAGUACAGCACUUAAACAAAUCCUAGAUGGUAAUAAUUCCAACUCCAGAAAGGCUGUUUCAAUUAGGAAUAAUUCCGUGUUGAAUUUAUGGGAAAGGGCUGUUUUUGCAUCAAGUGUUCGAUUAAAUGCCGAAGAGAGUGGUGGGUUGAGUUUGGAGGAGGAGACGUAUUAUAAGGAAGCAAUGUCAGCUUUGAAUUUGGCUAAAGAGGUUAUAAGGGUGCAGCAAAAGUGGAGAGCUAAUGCAAUCAAGCAUUUGAAUCAGACUGGUGGGUUUUCAAGGUCGUUGGCCAAUUCAGCAACUGAUUGGCCCUGUUUGUUAUUGGAACUCCUUUCAUCUGCUGCUGAAAUAGAUUACUUUCAGCCGAAGCUGGUCAUAAACAAUAUUGAGGUUCUAAAGAAUGCAAUGUUGAUGGAUGAUUCUACAGUCUGUGCAUCCAUGUAUCAUGAUAGUCUGAUAUGGAGAAUAAUAGCCUUGGGUGCAAAUGAGAGAUCUCUUCCAGUUAUUCUUGUAACAUCUGAUAGCUACUAUUCAUAUCUUGCCUAUAUGGAUUUUGGAUUUCCGGACAUUUUCAUCUCACGUGAGACAUUUGGGUGGACUCCUGCAGAAGCUAAAAUGCAUAUGGUUGGUGACUAUUUUAGUCAGUCAGAGUGGAAUGUGAUUGUUGAGGUGCUAGGACCGAAUCCAAGGCAUCUAUUUGAGAUUUAUGCACUCAAGCUAAGUAAUUACUACCAAAAGGUCAUGAGUGAGAAGAGCAGUAAAUUUGAGGAUAUCGUGGAUGCGUACUUGGCAUAUCUUCAAGUAACAGUAGUUAAUCCUGCCAUGGAUAGAGCAUUGACACUUCUACAUAAAUUUGCGGUUGAUGCACGAAGUGGAAGAAUUUUGAAGGACAAGCUAUGUUUUGGUGCUCCAUGGAGACACCCUCCACCUUCUGAUGAUCCUACAUUGUGUCGUCAAUGGGCUAAAAUUCAACUUAUGGAUUUUGUUCAGUGUCUUGUGAAUGCAGAAUUUGGGGUGAACUACCUAGCUGAUUGUAGUCUUGAAAUUUUUGAUGAUCCAUCUGCUAUUGCAUUAUUAGAGGUCGGUCUACUGUAUUCACAACGGGAUCCAUCAUUCCUUCGUCCUCUUUCUCGGGGUAUUCAGAGGUGCCUUGUUAGAUGGCUUGUUCAAGAGAGAAUACAACUGCAGUCAAAGACUUCACUCCGGUAUCUUUGGCAGCGAGUCAUACGUGGGCGCAGCUAUCGCCAUCUGAUGUUAGAAGUAGGAUACAAGUAGUUCAUCAAGGGCUAUGGUGAAUUAGUUACUGUUGGUCAAGCAUUUUGAUGGAUAUAUCUUUACCUAAGGUAAUGUGGGGUCAAGCUCAUGAUUUACAAUGAUGAAGAGGCCGAUUGAUCAUUAAAAGAAUUUGCCCUGUGGGUUGGAGAUGUUGCAAAUUUCUUAGAUGCAAUAUUGUUCUCAUUCAUCAUUUGUGAUCCUUUGAGCUUGUCCCAUUUUCGGUUGAAUGUUGUGUUUCCAUCGUUGAUCUGGAAUGGUGAAGAAUACACCUCGAAACAUCCAGACUAAAGUAGAAAGUCAGUUGUGGAUGCCUUACUUGUUGGAACUUGUGGUCUCUCCUCAAUACUUGGAACUCGAUCUUUUUUUUUUUCUCUCUGUAUUUUCUCCUCUCAAUAGGUAUGGAGGAUUUUAUUAUUUCAUUUUGUGUUGGUGCGGAACGAAAGGGGGAGAUAUGACUAUGUUGAAGAUCAGCCUGCAGUACUUCACUAUACGCGCAUCCAAGGAAAGCAUUCACCAUUGAUUUAUGAAAGGCUAUAUAUAUCAAAACUCUUAACAUCCUUUCUCCAAACCUGGGACGCUCAUUUUUAUUUGGUGUUUCAGUAACCAAUAACUACAUGUAUACUCUUAGGGAGGACUGAGAAUUCACCUUUGUACAGAAACUUCAGUGUUAUUGUUGAGACAUCUAAAUUCUCUCAAUCUGCAAGAGAAGCAAUUGGGAAACAUCAUUUUGCUUCUAAAAUAUUUGCCCGAGUGUGCUCAGAUAGCUUCUUGAUAUGAUUGAAUAAAUUCUGAGUGUUAUAAUGUUUGGAUUCUGCUUCA